UUCCAAAUGACAGAACCGAACUUCCCACCGUUGCCGGGGUUUAUCCCUCUGAAGCCAUGCUUCUACCAGGACUUUGAGGAGAUCCCCGAGCAGAACCGCACCAUGUGCAAGCGCAUGUAUCACCUGUGGAUCAUGAACAGUGUUACCCUGGCGGUGAAUCUGGUUGGCUGCUUCGCAUGGAUGUUCGCCGGAGGGGGCGUUACCAACUUCGGCCUUGCCAUCAUCUGGCUGUUGAUGUUCACUCCCUGCUCCUAUGUGUGCUGGUUCCGGCCCAUCUACAAGGCCUUCAAGACUGACAGCUCCUUCAACUUCAUGGCGUUCUUCUUUGUGUUCAUGGCCCAAGUGGGAAUCAGCAUCAUCCAGAGCAUAGGCAUCCCGGGCUGGGGAGUCUGUGGCUGGCUGGCCACCCUGUCCUACUUCAGCUACAACAUCCUGGUGGCGCUGAUCAUGCUGGUCCCCACCCUCAUGUUCACAGGGGUGGCGGCGCUCUCCUUCCUGGCGCUCACCAGGAUCCACAACUCGUACCGAGGCAGCGGCGGCAGCAUGUCCAAGGCCCAGGAGGAGUGGACCACGGGGGCCUGGAAGAACCCCCAGGUCCAGGCUGCCGCCCAGCAGGCCGCCAUGGGAGCCGCCAUGGGGGGCAUGCAGGAGCAUCACUCCAGCCCGCAGUACGACAACCAGGUGUAG